AUGUUCCCCAAUCCAAUAAUUGUUUCAAAUGUUCCUCCUCUGAAGUUUACAAGUGAAGAAACUCCAAAUCCUCUCUCUAAUGAAGAACAUUCUAAUGAUGUCAUGCUCGAUAAAAAUAGCACUUAUGUUGGUGCUCUUCUAAUUCUUACAGCCCUCAAGUCAUUACAGAAACCCUCUUCUUCCAAACCGUCUUAUGAUUUUGACAUUUCCUCAUUCUCCUCGAAACAAGAAGAAGAAAUAAAAUUUGAUGCCAAUUCUAAAGUUAUUCAAGGAAAUGAAUCUGAAACCAAUCCAAGAAACCAAAGCAACGAAACAGAAACCAAUCCUGCUGAGAAUUCCUCUCCUUCUAAACUACAUGAUGUUAAUGACUGUGAUAAUAAUGAUAACAAGUCCGAGAGCUCUACCUCGGACACCAACUCUUCGGAUGAAAACAUCGUAGAUUUACUUGUCAUGUUAGAAAUCCGAGACAAUAUGGCUAGGGCUAUUUCAAAGUUUGAUUCACUUCACAAGAUUGUACCUCAACUCAAAUCCAAGCUCGAUUCGAAGGUCAGUAGCCUUGACUCUAAACAUGAACUAAUUCUUAAAUCUCCCGUUGAGAUCAAAAGUUGUCUCUAUGGAACUUGA